AUGCCAUUUAACAUGGUUUGUGCAUCUGAGAUGUUUGAAUACCUCCAUCUUAUCCUCCUUUCUUUUCUCUCUCCCUCUUUCCAUAGGGACCUGAUGCCUAAAACCCUGGAGGGCCAGAUCACCAUGGAGAAAACACCAAGCUACUUUGUGACCCGCGAGGCUCCGGCCCGGAUCUACGCCAUGUCCCGCAACACCAAGCUGAUCGUGGUGGUCCGGGACCCCGUCACACGAGCCAUCUCUGACUACACGCAGACACUGUCCAAGAAGCUUGACAUUCCUACUUUUGAGAGCCUGACGUUCAAAAACAGGACUACAGGGUUGAUCGACACCUCGUGGAGCGCCAUUCAGAUCGGCAUCUACGCCAAACACCUGGACAACUGGCUGCAGUUCUUCCCCAUGAGCCAGAUCCUGUUCGUGAGCGGAGAGCGGCUGAUCAGUGACCCGGCCGGAGAGCUGGGCCGCGUGCAGGACUUUUUGGGGCUCAAGAGGAUCAUCACAGACAAACACUUCUACUUCAACCAGACCAAGGGCUUCCCUUGUCUCAAAAAGGCAGAGGGCAGCAGCAAGCCCCAUUGCCUGGGUAAAACCAAAGGGCGGACCCAUCCAAACAUUGACCCUCAGGUCGUGCAGAGACUUAGAGACUUCUACAGGCCUUUCAACAUGAAGUUCUACCAGAUGACUGGGCAUAACUUUGGUUGGGAUUAAACGUGAAUGGAGGACUUGUUGUUUUCUUUCUUUUUCUGUGUAUUUGAAAUGGCAAAAAGACAUUGAGAUGAUUGCUAUAUAUAUAUAUGUAAAAUGUACAG